GGGAGAAGAGAGGAGACUUUUUUGGGUGCUCGGGAUCGCCCGUAGUUCCUUCAUUCUCCGUGGCCAACUCCGGAGACGCCGCGCUCCGCCAGGGAGCUCGAGUCAGAGCAGCGGCGACCCUCAGCCCGGAGCCCCGGCUCGGGCGAUGCGGGCGCCGCCGGCGGCACCUGCGGCUCCUCUCGGCGGCGGCGGUCGCCUCGGCAGCAGCAGAGCGGGCCCCAGCAGCCUCGGCAGCCACCGCCGCUGCGGCCCGGACAGCCUCCGCCGCGGUCGCAGCUUCUGAUGCGCUUGCUCGCUCCCGGCUCCGCGGCUCCGGGAGGAUGUGGGUGCUCGGCGUCGCAGCAACUUUUUGCGGAUUGUUCUUGCUUCAAGGCUUUGCGUUGCAAAUUCAGUGUUACCAGUGUGAAGAAUUCCAGCUGAAUAACGACUGCUCGUCCCCCGAGUUCAUCGUGAAUUGCACGGUAAACGUUCAAGACAUGUGUCAGAAAGAAGUGAUGGAGCAAAGCGCAGGAAUCAUGUACCGCAAGUCGUGUGCGUCAUCGGCAGCCUGCCUCAUCGCCUCAGCUGGGUACCAGUCCUUCUGCUCCCCAGGGAAACUGAACUCUGUGUGCAUCAGCUGCUGCAACACCCCUCUUUGCAACGGGCCCCGGCCCAAGAAAAGGAGCAGUUCCACCUCGGCCCUUCGGCCAUGGCUUCCCAGCACCAUCUUGCUCCUCAAGAUAGCCCUUUUCUUGGCACACUGCUGAAGGCGGAAGGAGAUGUCAGCCCCUCCUGCAUUGUUCUUCCGGCCUGCCCUCCCCUGCUCCCCGAGAUUCUUCUGGGUGUCCUUUUAUUCUGGGUAGGGAGGGGAAUCUGUUCUUUUAGUUCCUUUGGAAACAGAGAGCUCAGUGUAAAAAAAAAACAAAAAAAAAGGGAAAGAAAAUCCUUGUGAGCUCUGAAUACAUAGAGCUUGAAUUUUUGGUGUGUCCUUGAAGGAAGGAAGGAGGUGGGAUGCACAUUGGCCC